AUGAAUAACUUCAGCAGUGAGUUCAAUUCAGGUGAUUUAUUUGACGACGAAAAUUGUCUGUCUCAAAGGCUCAGCCAACUAUCAACCUCAGAAACACAGCCCGCAACUGUAAAAAGAAGUGUAAGCGCCAUGAACAUACAACGAUCGCCGCCGUCACGAACAUCCUCAUCGUCAAAAAAGUUCAAAGCUGACCGCGACCAAUGCGAGAGAACAGCUGAGCUCAAUAUUGAUGAUAUUGUUGUGGAAGAAGAUGUGCCCAGUUAUUUGCAAUUGAGCAGUCAUAGAUUUCGGCAAUUAGUUGAUCCAUUUCUACUUGACACAGAUGAUUGCUUAACGAUCGAAGAUAUACAAGGCAUUGCUUUACUCCUACGUCGAAUCGCGAUUGUCAACAUACGAAAAUCACUUUGGACUGUGUAUUUACAAGCAGGUACUGGUAUUUUGGAAGUCGGAGAAAUAUUCGGAUCAAAAGUGGUAACCAAUCAAGAAAUAUCAAUCUGGUCAUCUGAAGUUAAGUCGAAAGUGUUGACAUUAGAAAACAACAACAGCAGCAGCAAUAGUACGAAAAAAACGACAAGCGAUGAGCCAGGAAUAAUUCAGGUCAAUAGUGACACGUGUCGUAAUUGUGUCAAUCAAAUGCUCCGGCAAUAUUCAAAUCAACUCGUACAAUAUGAAGAGGAUUUCAACAAUAUGAAGCAUGUUCUAAACAAUUUAUUUACACUGCAAAUGGAAAGCAGCUUGACAGAAUUCAUCGAACAACAAGAACUAAAAUAUUUACGUAUUGAAAUCGAAAAGAAAAUUGUUACUGUCAAAUACGAUUACAAGGACCGCUUUCUUCAAAACCGAUACGAGCAAUAUCGACCAACUAGAUAUGAGCGAGAUAUAUUUGAUAAUAUGCUUCGAAUAAAACGAGCGCAACUCAAGAGUAUGUAUGAUGCAAGUUUAUGGAAACAACGUCGCUUUUAUUCACAUUUGCCUGAAUCAUUGAAUUUAUUAAAUUUGCCACUUCUUCCAUCUCUAUCAAUCAAUACAAUUACUGAUAAAAGUAGUCGCGAAAGUCUAAUGGAUCAAUAUGCUCAAAUUACACAGAGAACCAAAUUGGAAAUCAUGGCACUGUAUAUCGACAUUGCCCAAGUCAAAGCUAAUGAAAACCAAAGGAAACUUGAACAAAAUGUUCUUCUAUUGGAAUCGAAUUCGGGCAUUGGUGACUCGAUGAAGUUUAUCAUUUUUCAAUGUUUUCAAAUUAUUGAAGAACGAUUCUCAUAUUUGUACGACUUAAAAGUCCGUGCACUUCAAUUACACAAGAAAACAUGUUAG